CCCACGAACUGCGAACCACAUUACCAGAAAUCUACACGAUGUUCCGAUCCCAGAUCGCCCGCCAGGCCCGCCUCUUCAGCACCUCUCCCAUCGUGAGGAAAAGCCCCGUCGAGACCGUCAAGGAUGCGGCCAAGAAGGUCGACAGGACAGUGUCCGAUGCCGCUGUGAAGGGCAUCGAGAAGGGCGAGCAAGCCGCGGCGACCAUCAAGCAGAAGAUGCCCGAAACCACCGGUCAAGCGAAAGGUCAGGCGAACGAGAUGGCCGGUGAGGCGAAGGGCAAGGCCAGCGAACUCUCCGGCGAAGCCAAGGGCAAGGCCCAGGAGCUCAAGGGCGAGGCCAAGUCGAAGAUGUAAACACAAUUACCGUUCCCCGAUUGAUAAGGACACGAGAGGAAGAGGGAUAAGUGGCGGAAUCGUUUGCAUGCCCAGCUGAUGCUGAUCAAGGGUUUGGGCUUCUUCUCUGCAUUACGGAUGAUAUGUGUUCCUGUACCAAUACUCUUUCAAGUUCAGUCAGUGGUCACUUCUCAGAGACUAGAGCGAUUGCGCUCUAUCGAAGACAUGUCGCACCUGCACGCUUCACUUCUCUUAUUUCGUGACUCCUCCUUGGACCGUUGCACUGAC